UGCUCCUAUCGGUUGUGCACAGUUGUGCUUGGCAGCCGCCUGGUGUAUCUACUACUCGCCAAUGUGUUAACUUGGACGCGCGACACGUCCAGCGCACACACCUGUGCGCGCCACGAGCUGCUGUGCCUCAGCCAGCUACUCACACGGCACAAGACAUUUUGAAUUUGCACCCAAAUUGCUUGAAAUUAUCUGCACAAAAUUUGGCACGCGCGAAGUUUGUGUGUUAUUUUGCCUUCUGCCCACAGACGCUGCUGCUGCUGUCGAGUGUUUUUUCGUAAAGAAGGGGAAGAAAAAUAAAAAAAUCACAGCUAAGUGUUUUACAACUUGAAGGCAUUAAGUUGCCCCGUUCUGUGUCCUACGGGUCUCGACAGUAGCCACGCUACAAAUCUUGACUUGGCAAGCGAACUUCUGUCAGCAAUAAAAUACAACAACGACAAAUGACAGUUACAAUCAGCGUGUCCUGCGCAGCAAGCGCCCCUAACCAUGUGUAUGCUCUAGGGCAACGAGUCAUCAGUGAAUGGCAGGCCAAUAAUUGCAUUGGAUCCAAGGACUAAGCUCUGCCCCAACACCACUGAGUCGACAGCAACAAUAACAAUUCGCCCAACACUAUGACACUCAUACGCAGGCUAACGGCAACGGCUACUACGGCGGCAAGGACGCUGCUUGAGGAUGGAGGAGUGGGGACGAAGUCACAACCCGCUUACAUGCCGCUGCUCCUGGAGGCAACGGCUACGGUAUCAGCAUCGAGAUCAACAUCGGCGGCUGCGGCCGCGGCAGCAGCUGCAGCUGCAGCUGCGGCUUCACAUGCGAGUUAUUUGAAUUUUGUUGCCGAUGGACUCAUCGAUGUUGAUGAAGGCAUGGGGAAUAGUGCCAGCAGCUCAGUUUCCCUGGAAAAUAUUGCCGGCGGACAGGCCCAGGACAAUGGUAGCUCUGCCUCAACCGCCGCCGAAACGGGCAACGCGCAUUUGACAUUUGUCAUCGUCAAGUGUUUCAUUAUUGGUUUCAUCAUACUGGCCGCCAUACUAGGCAACAUGCUGGUGAUUGUGUCCGUUAUGCGGCACAGAAAACUGCGCAUCAUUACCAACUAUUUUGUGGUUUCCCUGGCAGUGGCCGACAUGCUGGUUGCACUUUGUGCAAUGACUUUCAACGCUUCCGUCGAGAUAUCUGGCAGAUGGAUGUUCGGGUCGGUAAUGUGCGAUAUAUGGAACAGUUUCGAUGUCUACUUCUCCACAGCUAGCAUAAUGCAUCUAUGUUGUAUUUCGGUAGACAGGUACUAUGCUAUAGUCCAGCCACUGGACUAUCCACUCAUAAUGACGCAUCGUCGUGUCUUUAUUAUGCUGCUAAUGGUUUGGCUAUCACCGGCGCUGCUCUCGUUCCUACCCAUCUGCUCGGGCUGGUAUACCACAAAUGAGAACUGGAAAUAUCUCAAAUCCAAUCCGCAUAUAUGCGAGUUCAAAGUGAACAAGGCCUACGCAAUUGUGAGCUCAUCGAUGAGCUUUUGGAUACCAGGAAUUGUCAUGCUGUCCAUGUACUAUCGCAUUUACCAGGAGGCGGACCGUCAGGAGCGCUUGGUGUACAGAUCUAAAGUAGCCGCCCUUCUGCUGGAGAAGCACCUGCAGAUUAGCCAAAUACCCAAGCCACGGCCAAGCAUACAGGUGGAGCAGUCAACCAUAACGACAAUGAGGCGCGAGCGGAAGGCUGCCCGCACAUUGGGCAUCAUAAUGAGCGCCUUUCUGCUCUGCUGGCUGCCCUUCUUCUUAUGGUAUAUCACAUUCACUCUCUGUGACAGCUGCAAAACACCACGAAUUGUGGUUGGCAUAUUGUUCUGGAUUGGUUACUUCAACUCGGCGCUGAAUCCAAUAAUUUAUGCAUAUUUCAAUCGCGAUUUCAGGGCAGCUUUCAAAAAGACGCUCAAGAGCUGUUGCCCCAAUGCGCUCAUCAAUUGUCGCACCAGUCUUCGGGCAGCUGGAGGCGGGAAUGGGGUUGGUGGCGGCCAGAGGAGAGCGAACGGAGCCAGGAACGGUUCUGCUGAGCUGCCGAACUGUAUGAACUCAACGGCCUCAUCGGAGAUACAGAUGAAUGUGAUGCGUGCUCGACAGUAUGCGGCUGGCACGCCCACAAUGACCGGCCAGGAGCAGCUGCAGCUGCAUCCGCUCUACACUAAUUGAAUCCUUUGAACCCUUUUCGCUCUUUCAGCUCUUCUUCUGCUUAUGUGUAGCUGUGUAUGUGUGCACUCGUGCAACACAAUCUAUGCUAGCUGCGUAAAGGCAAAUAUGUAUUCCAUAUAUGUAUUACUAAUAUAAAUCUAUAUAUGCCCAAAAACUAUGACCACGCUAAGCUACAGUAAAAAUGGGUUCGAAUCGAACACGACAAUCCCACAGUAAAAAUUGAGCCUUCAAAAAAAAACAAAAAACAAAACAGAAAUGGAAGAUUAUCCGUAGUUGAUGUGCAGAAAGUAAACAAAAUAUAAAAAAUGAACACGUACAAUAAAGAAAACAAAUUGAAAUAUUUACAAGUUGAAUUUAAAGCGAGAUUGUUGGGCAACACAAUUGAAAGACAAGAAUUGAAAAUUCCUAAAAUUGCCUGCAACGAUUUCAAG